AUGGAGGCAGAGAACGAGGGAGAGAUGAAAGGUUACCAGUCGGAAGACACCCCGGAGAUUGAGAACAUGGCCAUAGAUCCGGCGGAUCCGGUGGUUCCGGCGGAGGUUUCGGUGAGUCCGGAAGGAGAAGCACUUGGCGGUGAGAGAGCUCCGUCACUCUACCAGUCGACUCCAGUGGGACGCUUGAGAGAUGAGCGAACUCCGUCCUCAAAAGCUCUGUGGAUCUCAUCAAAGUACCCACCGGAGAGAGAAGCUAGCCGAGAGAUGGAGUAG